AUGCACCCAAAAUGGUAUCCACUGGAAUUCGGGUUCUUACACACCGCGCAUUCUUUCUUCUCUAUGAAAGCAGCUGACGACGUGGAUGUCGAUGUGGAUGGAGAUGCUAGCAGGGUUGAUGACAUUGUGGCGGGAGUAGCUGGUGGAUGGAUUGGAGUGGAUGAUGUGGAGGAAGAUGGAGUCUCGAAUGGGUACCCGGUUAGCUGA